UGUGCCACUGCCGCUGCCGGUCUCUCGUCGCCCGUUGCUGCCAUGGCAACCGCGCUGUGCCCGCUCCGCGGCCUUGCGAGCUCCGCGCUCCGGCCCCGCCGCAUCCACCUCAGCGCACCCAGCAAUGAUGCAGUUGUGAUCUCAGGCAGAAAGCUGGCCCGGCAGAUCCGGCAGGAAGCCCGUCACGAGGUCGAGCAGUGGGUAGCAGCUGGAAACAAGAGACCUCACCUCAGCGUUGUCCUCGUGGGUGAGAAUCCAGCAAGUCACUCCUAUGUGCUGAACAAAACCAAAGCAGCUGCUGACGUCGGUAUCAGCAGUGAAACCAUCCUCAGGCCAGCUUCUAUUACUGAAGAGGAGCUCCUGGAUUUGAUCAGCAAACUCAAUAAUGAUGCCAAUGUGGAUGGCCUGUUAGUGCAGCUUCCUUUACCUGAACAUAUUGAUGAACGCAAGAUUUGCAACGCUGUGAGUCCAGACAAAGAUGUUGAUGGCUUUCACGUGAUAAACGUGGGGCGCAUGUGCCUUGACCAGUACUCCAUGCUGCCAGCCACCCCCUGGGGCGUAUGGGAGAUCAUUAAGAGAACUGGCAUCCCAACACUGGGGAAGAACGUGGUGGUGGCUGGCAGGUCGAAGAACGUGGGCAUGCCCAUUGCCAUGUUGCUGCAUACAGAUGGCAGGCAUGAGCGCCCAGGAGGUGAUGCCACAGUCACGAUAUCCCACCGCUACACUCCCAAGGAGCAACUGAAGCAACACACUAUCCGUGCUGAUAUUGUGGUAGCAGCAGCAGGCAUUCCCAAUCUGAUCACAGCUGAUAUGAUCAAAGAAGGAGCUGCAGUUAUUGAUGUGGGAAUAACGAGAGUGCAGGAUCCCAUCACUGCCAAACCCAGGCUGGUUGGGGAUGUGGAUUUUGAAGGGGUGAAGAAGAAAGCCAGCUACAUCACCCCAGUCCCAGGGGGAGUUGGGCCCAUGACUGUUGCCAUGCUGAUGAAGAACACCAUCAUCGCUGCCAAGAAGCUGUUGAAACCCAAAGAGCUGCAGGCAUUAACAGUAUAAUGGGGGCUCUGCUUAGCCAUGAGCAUGACAUUCCAAACUGACUCCCAAGCAGGCCGAGAGAAAAUGCAAUAUAUUUAUGGUAUUGGAAGUGGUAUUUCCUAUUCUGGGGCCACAGAUGUUUAUUGGAAGCUGAAGCACAUGCACAUUAGUUGUAUGAAGGUGUGAAUAUCUACACUCCUGGCCUACUCGUGCUAGCAAAGCUGCUUUACAGUUAAGUAAGCUCUUCUAGGAGCUGGUCCUGCUCUUGCAGGGCUGGGAUUAGGAUCCUGGGAGCUCAGCGUGGCAUUAGCAAUCCCAUGGGAUGUAGAGCACUGCUCCACAGUGCAAAAGCAACAGCUCUGUGGUCCUGUCCUCACAAAAUGCUCAGUCUGCUGGUGUUUGAGAAGACCUCAGCAUGAGUCAAUGCUGGAUGUUUAGUGUGAGUUAAGCUCUUCUGUAAGGUAAGCUACUUGAAGAAUAUACAAUGAAAAGCCAUAUCUCUGUUCUCAGUCUGUGCAGGGCCCUGGGCAUUGGUGGAUCUGUUGUAACAUGUUAGUAGUGUGUGGCUAAGCUGGAUUUUGGUUUUGCUAUUUGAAGAGUGACUUUUUAAAGCCUUUUUUUCUAACCAAAGAACAAGAUGGGGCUGUUGGUGUGUUCCCUGGGCACACAGGAGGCUGCCUGGGCUCUUGUAAAGUGUUGCAAGUGCUUAGUGAAUGAUGCAGGCUGGCUCUAAAUAAAGUGUGGUAAGGUAAAAAA